AUGGAUACUUCAUUAAACAGCGACGUGAGGUCUCCUAUUCCAAUAAAUUUAAAUCAACGUCGAUGUUUAAACAAGCAUGAUUGGUUGGAACUUAUUUCAAAUGCUGCAAUUCCACUUAUGAUUGGAGUUAUUAGUCUUUGGAUUGCUAUUAAUCAACAGAAUGUUACACAAACUAAUCGAGAUAAAGAUGCUGCACAAACCGCUGAACUACGUAAACAAGAUGUUGAAAUAGCACGAUUACAACGUGACGAAGACAAAGAAACGGCACGAUUACAACGUGCAGAAGACAAGGAAACCGCACGUUUGCAACGUGAAGAAGAUCAAAGAACAUCUCGCCUUCAACGUGAGGAAGAUCGAGACACUGCUCGUCUACAGCGUGCUGAAGAUAAAGAAAAUGCACGUUUACAGCGUGAGCUUGAAUUGAAUAUGACUAAUGAUCAACGAAUACAAGACUAUGCACUUGCUGAAAAUCAACGAAAUAUAUCCGAACAACAACGUGCUCGAGAGUUUGAAGUAGCAUAUAAAAAUCGUCUAAAUGAUCUUAAGUUAGAAGAUGAUUAUCAGAAGGAGAGUGCACUUUUAGAGUAUCAAGAUGAUCUUGCAACAUUAUUAUUAGAUAAUGGACUUUUACUUAGAGAUCCAAAUAGUAAAUGGUGGUUCACGCUUCAAAUGAAAACUGAAGCAGUUCUGCGCCAACUCGAUCCUCCACAUCGUACUAUUCUUAUACAUACUCUUCUAGAAUCUACUGUUCUUGAUAUCAUCGUAGAUUAUGAGCAAUCAAUUCUUUACAAGGCUAAUCUCAGUGGAGUGGAAUUUGGACAAUCUCUUGACGAAAUUCAUGAGAAUCUUUGCACAAGAUAUGAUAUGCUGAGCGCAGCAGAAGCCGAUGUUCGAUAUGCAUCAUUUCGUGGCAUAUGCCUAUACCAUUCGCCUUAUUUCGCUUACUCGAAUCUUGAUUACACUGAUUGGUCUUUUUCUACUCUUGAUAACGUUCAUUUCGAAAACGAAACAUCAAUGAAUGGAGUUAAAUUUACUGGCGCUGUACUAACAGAUGUUCGAUUUGAUAAAACAAUCAUAAUGAAGCAAGCCUCCUUCCAGUAUAACAUCGCAUGCAGUCACUGUCAAUUUUUAAAGACAUCGUUUUUGGGUGCUCGUUUAGAUCAUUCAAAUUUUUUAGAAUCAACAUUCUUGUCGUUAGAUAUGGCUGAUGUCAAUAUGAUUAAUGGUUCAUUUACUGCCUCGAUCUUUGAAAAUGUUAAACUCGAUCGUGCCAAUCUGUCUGGAGCUAUUCUACGAGCAUGCAUAUUUUAUUCAGUAUCUAUGAUUAACUGUUCUUUGUCUGGAGCAAUAUUAAACAAAACAAAAUUCUCUGGAGCUAAUCUGACAGGAUGCACUGGAUUAACUCAACAACAGAUAGCUGUAAUAUCAAAUUUAUAUGAAACAACAUUACCUAAUGGAACAUUCAUCAAAGGAAAACAAGUUACUUUGUAA